AUGGUCACCAUGCCAGUCCACCAGCCCAGGCUGUGGCAGGCAGCUGAGAGUGACUGUGAUCUGCGCUGGGUGCCAACUCGGCUCCUCCCUGCGAUCCAGCCUCUCCUCGGCCACCCACCGCCUCCUUCGCUCCUCCUUUCCAGCCCGGUCCCGUCUCGCUUGCCCUGUGUCGAAAUCUCGACCCUCGACGGCAGCCUCGCAGCAGCCCCGGAGGAGCUCCAGUCCGAGCAGGCGGCUCCUACCGCGCCGAAACACGGCAGGCGCCUCGACCUCCCCACCAGCACGUCGGAAGGGCGGCUGCUGUGCCUUCCAGCCCAGGACGAGUCAAGUUGGCGCGAGCGGGACGCAAGUACCAAGCCGCUCAAAAUGGACCACGCGGGGAACAAGUGCCAUGACACGACCGAGCACAAGCACCUGGAUAGUUACCUGCCCUAUACCCUGGCCAUAACGGUGACCGGCUUUGUUGUCCCUUUCAUCAUCAUUACUGGAUGCUACUGCCAUGUGGUCAUGGUCCUCUGGAGGAACAGAAACAUGGACCCCAAACUCAAGCAGAGGAGUAUAAAGCUGGCGGUGCUGGUGAUGGUGCUUUUUUCGGUCUGUUUCCUACCCUAUCACAUCUUCAGGAACCUUAACUUGUUGUCCCGAAAGUGGCAACUCCAGGGAUUCUGCACGCAGACUUUAAAAAAUAUCUAUGUCUCCUAUCAAGUGACUCGAGGCUUGGCCAGCCUCAACAGUGCUUUGAACCCCCUGCUGUACCUACUGGCCAGUGAGGAAAUUGUGACACACUUACGGACCUUCAGUCAAAGGGUUGGGCAGAGCCUGGGCUCUCUUUUGCGAAGCCCAACCCGGCAAGAUUUCAACCAAAAUAAAUUAAGCAUUGUGCUCAAUGAAGAAUGUGAGGAGGUGUCUGAUGAUCUCUGAGGAGACUGAACAGGGAUGUAGCUCAGUGGGAGAAUACAUGCUUUGUUCAACCACUGGCAUCUCCUGGCAGGGCUGGGAAAGACCCUUGUCUGGAAUCCGGACAUGCUGCUGCUAGUCAGUGUGGGGUGGACAAUGCUGAGCUUGAUGGAGCAGUGUUCUGACUCAGUUGGAAGCAGCUCCACAGAUAUGAAUGCACUGAUUAGAAACAAAAAUUGGCAUAGCUGAGAUGCUUCCCUUCUGGGUAGCAUCCUUUUCUCUCUGACUGGAGAGAGAGAACAGUUUUCAAAACAGUUGACAAUGAAGCAUUAAUGCAGUGUUUUUUCUUCCGCUGACACCUCAGGGCAAACAGGCUUUACAGGUCUUUGAAACCAGGGUGUGGUCAGAGGGCAUGGUCUAAGGGCACAGGAUGCAGCCUCUUUGCUGAAGCUAAGUAGGUCUGGGUUGGAUCAGUGCCUGGAUAGGAGAUGGGCUGAGAACCCCUUGCUGGCCUCCUUGAGUUCUAUGGAAGAAAGAUGACAUGUACAGGAAAUAGCUAAAUAUGAGAACUGUGGUAAUGCAAGGGUGAAUAUGCAUUUUUAGGGGUUUUUUUAAAAAGCAAAAAUAUUGUCUUUUUAUUUCUGCUGCACUGCAAAAUAAUUUUAUGUACACAUUAUAUACAAUUGUUUUACAAAUUAGAAGGAAGGAAGGAAGGAAGGAAGGAAGGAAGGAAGGAAGGAAGAGAAAGAAAGAAAGAAAGAAAGAUGCUCAACAUUAAUAGUAAGAGCCCCUAGUGGCGCAGUGGUAAAACUGCUGCCCUGUAACCAGAAGGUUACAAGUUCGAUCCUGACCAGGGGCUCAAGGUUGACUCAGCCUUCCAUCCUUCCGAGGUCGGUAAAAUGAGUACCCAGAAUGUUGGGGGCAAUAUGCUACAUCAUUGUAAACCGCUUAGAGAGCUCUGGCUAUAGAGCGGUAUAUAAAUGUAAGUGCUAUUGCUAUUGCUAUUGCUAAUACUGUAGCAGUAUGUUACUGAAACAGAAGGAAUUAUCAACAGGCGUACAAUGCACAGCUAAAUGUUAUAGUCCCAUACCAUUGUUCUUCACCUGGAGCUUUUUCAGACGGUGACUUUACCACGACUUUACUUUGGGAGGGUGGGUGUGCGUUCACCUGUCGGCCAGAUUUACCCCAAAGUCCAUGUGAUAUUUCAGAGAGCACUUAACACAGGAUUCAAGUUUCCCCUUCCGUAUUGGAACCUAGCCUGAUUUAUGUCCGGGGUAAAAAAAAUCCGCUUUUUGCGUUGGAGUAUCCGUUAUACCCCAAACUCUCAGUAAAGCCUUGUGGUAACCCCACGGUAAAGCCUGCUAUCUGAAAAGCCUCCUGCAUUAUCCAUUUACUCCGUUUUAUAGCCCUACACCUGUUUGUUUAUUAUAGGCUUUCUCACUAUGGCUACAAUCCUUUGCAGCUGGGCUGUUCAGAUCCUACUGAAGCCAAUGAGACUUAAGCCGCCUAACUAUAUCGAGGGUUGCAAUAGUCUAUGUUUGUAGAUAACCAAUUCUUUGUGAAGAACGGUAGGAACCACAACAGGACCUAUAUCCAGAUACGUUUAGUAUAUGCCUCCUUCAGUUGCCUGUUAAAAUGUUCAUUUUUCCUUCCAUCCUAAAGAUAGCAUGCCAAGGCCAUUCAAAAUGGCAACUAUUAUAAGAUUCAGGACUUUGAGCACUUUAAUGUCUUGCCAUAGGAAGCUGAUUUCAAUCCACUGCCAUUCCUUGUCAUGUGAUGAAUGCAUGUGGAAAUAGAAACACUUAUGGGAGUUCUUUUUUUUUAAAAGGCCCAGCAAUAUAUGGCAAAUAAUUAUUGUGUCCUGGCAACCAGGCAAGGAAGCUUUGCAAAAGUUGGUAUUUCUUUGUUUUUAGGCCACCAAUAAAGUAACUAAUUGAGGUG